UCACUACUUGUCUGUGAAGUGUAAAGAUAAUUUCUUUGUUAUACUUGGAUUAAACAUGAUGGUCGCAUAAAGUCAGGUUUAUUUGUAUAGCCAUUAAAGCCUUUAAUCACAGUCAGAGUCUCAGAGUGCUCCAGAAGACUUCAUCACUCCCACAUUAUGAAACAGUAAAUUAAAUUGAAGAGUGAAUUGAUUGCCCUCUAUCCUAAGGCCCUCGCUGAGAGAGAAAAAAAAAAAUCUUAUGGGAAGAAGUUGCAACCGAUGACUCAUGCGAGCACGCUGUGUGUGUCAGACGAGCCUCACAAGGGCAAUGUGUUGCUUUCCCUCUCCUCUGUGUACUCACAUCCCCCCCCCCUCUCUCUUCAUCUCUGUCUCCAGGUGCAGCAGGAUGCAGGGCGUACUGCCUGUGUGUGGACUGCAGCCCCUGCUGGCCCUCCUUCUGCUUCAAACCGCGGGCUGUGGCGUAACCAAUGCCGACAGUGUGGUGAAUAUGCGGAAGGUGACCCAUCAGACCAUUAGCGAGGAGCUGUCCAAAACCGUUCUCCUCCCCUGCCUCUUCACCCUCCGCCCCGGUGCCAGUUCAUCCCAUGAGCCCCCCAGGAUCAAGUGGACCAAGGUUUGGGGCCAGAGAGGCUCCGACGGUCUGCAGAAGGAACAGUCGGUCCUAGUGGCCAAAGACAACGUGGUCAAGGUGAAGAAGGCCUUCCAGGGUCGCGUAACGCUGCCUGGUUACAAUGAGAACCGCUACAACGCCAGUCUUGCUCUGUCAGGGCUCCGUUCUAGCGACUCUGGUCUGUACCGCUGUGAGGUCGUGGUGGGCAUCAGUGACGAGCAGGACACAGUUCCCCUGGACGUCACAGGUGUGGUAUUUCACUACCGGGCCCCUCAUGACCGCUACGCCCUGUCCUUCGCUGACGCCAAGAGAGUGUGCGUGGAGAACUCAGCAGUCAUCGCAACACCAGGCCAGCUGCUGGCUACCUUUGCUGAUGGAUAUGACAACUGUGAUGCCGGCUGGCUGUCUGACCAGACUGUACGGUAUCCCAUCCAGUCGCCCCGGCCCGGUUGCUAUGGCGAUCGCGAGGACUCACCUGGAGUCCGUAACUACGGCGAUAGGUCCCCUGAUGAGCUGUUUGAUGUCUACUGCUUUGCUAAGCAGCUUCAAGGUGAAGUCUUCCACUCCACCGUGCCGGAGAAGUUGAGCCUGGCCACAGCCUCCACCCACUGCCAUUCUCUGGGAGCCCAGCUGGCCACUGUUGGGCAGCUCUACCUCUCCUGGCAGGCCGGCCUGGACCAGUGCGACCCCGGCUGGUUGGCCGACGGCAGCGCCCGCUACCCUAUCAACGUCCCACGGAAGAACUGCGGCGGAGACGAGCCCGGGGUGCGGACCGUCUACAACAACCCUAACCGCACCGGCUUCCCCGACACCAUGGCCCUGUACGACGCCUACUGCUACCGAGCUCAACAGCCAGCGGGGGUCCAGGCUGCGGAGGCACAGGCUUUGUACCAGAAUCCCGAUCCAUCAGCAGAUGCCACCUCCUCAGUCACUGAAGCCCAGCGUAGUGCCCCCUUUUCCAAGACUUCCAGCUGGACCGGCUUGGUUGACUUGGACAACGCAGGAGUCCACUCCAUUGCUGGAAUCAACAACUCCUCCGAGAUCUCCGAAGAGCACGUAGUCAUCCACUUAAGGCCUGAGGAGAGCUGGGGUGACAAACAGGAUGGACCCAGAACCAGCCAACCCAGCCAGGAGGAGUCCGAUGCCCCAAAGAGUAGCAACAUCAUGGGCCUGUCUGACCUCGAGAACCUGGAGAGCCACGGAGGUUCUGCUCACGAAGAAGAAGACGGUGGCGAUUUUGGAUCAUCCCCAACAUUAUCCUCCACAGCUUCUUCCACUCCCCAGCCCCAGACUAGUAACAGCGUGUUGGCUGAGUUUGUUAACAGUCUGAUGAAGCCCUUUAGGUACUGGAGAGGAGGUGAGGAGACAGAAAAUGGACCUUCGAACCAGACGCAGGGAGAAGCAUCCAGCAGAAACCUGAGUAAACCAAGUGGAAAUAAGGGCAGCAUGGACAAUGCCAUUAUGGAGCACAGGAGUGAUAGUUUUUCCUUCAGGACUCCUACCGGUGGACUACAGAACCCAGAGGAAGGUCUGUCUGAGCAGGAGAAAGAGGUGACGCCACUGAUUCGAUUAGUGCCUGCAGUCCAAAGCACAGGGCAAAAUAACACCACGACUCAGCCAGGAGCCUCCAGCACAUCUGCCGACAGCCCUCCAUCUAACGGAUUAACUGCAUCAGGGCCCAACGAGACGUCACCACCCAGUGAACAUGUCAACGUAUCCGGUCCUCAGGCUCCCAGAGGAGGCCCGGCCUUUGCUCCCGCUCCCAGCAGCCACUUCAGGUGGGCCAUCAAAUCCAUGCGUGGCUCUAAACUGGGCCCCCCUGGAAAUGUGGCCUAUGUGGGUAAACGCCCCACCUGGGAGCCGAUGGAAGCCAAAGCAGGGCCGCUGGAGGUGAUGACCCUGCCCACUUCCCUUCGACAGGACAACCCGGAAAACUAUUCAGGCCAGGGGCGGGACCAGGACGGAGAAGAUGUUAACUCUCCGUCAGCUGCUAGGGCUGCAUCAGGGGAGGAGAAGGAGAUAGAGGGGAGCAGUGAAGGGAGCAACUUUCCUGGUGGGUUUGGAUUGAAAGCCAACAGUCCUGAAGCAAAGUCUUCACUCAGCCAAAGCCCCACUGAGCUUGUGACUGUGGCAGAGCACACUACUCUGUCCCAGUGGCAGCUAGUGCAACAGCCCACAACCCCACCUCAGGGCUCCCAGGAGCCAGCAGAGGAGGCCAGGGGAGAGAUCCUCUACGUCCACAGACCCACUGACAACCUUUCCUCUGCUCCAUCACAACGAGGAGAAAGUUCAAACUCAGCUUCCGCUCCUCUUUUUAGGGAGCACAGCAGAAAGGAGGCGGUGACUUCCACACCUGAAGCCCUUAUGGCAGUGCUGACGACCUCUGAAGUGACCACAGUGGCGCAUCUGACAACCAGAGACACACAGAGGACGGAUCCUAUCACCACCACGGAGAAUUCCUCAGAGAGCGCCACCACCGAGGAGUCGUCUAUUUCCAUUUCGUGGGUUCAGGAGGAGAGGGAGAAAACAACGCCCGACCUGCGGGGCCGCCUCUCAGCUACUCCAGCACCCGGAUCUCAAACGACUACGGGUGUCAUCCAGUUGACCACCUUCGCGUCAGGCUCCAACGUCGGCGCAACAGAAAUGGAAUCCAGGUCUGCGGUGUCUGAAUCCUUCGUGGUUGGAAGCCGUUGGACACCUUUCAAAAGCGUGAGCCCGAAGUCAGACGAACACAAAACUCCGGCGACGAAAGACAGCAAAGGCACAAACAACCCUUUCGGCAUCUUCGUACCCAACUGGGCCUUCGGGCUCAUCCCGUCAGUGGAGAAUAACCCAUGCCAGACCAACCCCUGUCUCCACGGAGGGAGCUGCCUGCAGGAGGGUGACGGCUAUAGCUGCUACUGUCCUCAGGGCUUCUCUGGGGAGAGCUGCGAGAUCGACAUUGAUGAUUGCCAGUCUAAUCCAUGCCAGAAUGGAGGAACCUGCAUCGAUGAGAUCAACUCCUUUGUGUGUCUUUGUCUGCCCAGCUACGGAGGAGCUACUUGUGAGAAAGACACUGAGGGCUGCGAGCACACGUGGAGGAAGUUCCACGGCCACUGCUACAGGUACUUCAGCCGGAGACACACCUGGGAGGACGCCGAGAAGGACUGCAGGGAGCACAGCGGCCACCUGGCCAGCAUCCACAGCCUGGCCGAGCAGAACUUCAUCAGAGGUCUGAGCCAUGACAACACCUGGAUCGGGUUAAAUGAUCGUACAGUGGAGGACGACUUUCAGUGGACCGACAAGAUGGACCUGCAAUAUGAGAACUGGCGUGAAAACCAGCCAGACAACUUCUUCGCCGGAGGAGAAGACUGCGUGGUUAUGAUUGCUCACGAGAACGGCAAGUGGAAUGACGUGCCCUGCAACUACAAUCUGCCCUACGUCUGCAAGAAGGGAACAGUGCUUUGCGGAGCCCCACCCACUGUGGAUAAUGCCUUCCUGAUUGGUCGUAAGCGUUCCCACUAUGACAUCCACUCUGUGGCACGCUACCAGUGCGCCGACGGCUUCCUGCAGCGCCACGUGCCCACUGCUAAGUGUCGUGCCAACGGCAAGUGGGACCGACCUAAAAUCAUCUGCAUAAAAUCCCGACGAGCCCACCGCUACCGGCGCCACCACCACAAGGGCAGGAGGGAGCGCAGGAAGCAUAAGAGGCACGGCCACAGAGAGGGAGGACACCACGGGGGAGACAACCACAACCACGCCCACGUCUGAACCAAAAAAAAACACCCCUUUCCGUUUCUCCUCUGCUGCCAACUUGCCUGUCUCCCUGUCGUCCCCUUCCUCUCGCCCCCGUUUCCCCCAAACUUCACACCUUACCGCUCAAAAACUCUCCGCCCAAGCCCCCCUCCCUGCACCGCACCGCCCCGCCCUUAGCUCAACCCCCUGGCUCUCUCCGAGUCAGCCUGUAUCAUAGUCAACUCUGAGGCCUGCCGAAAUGCUGCCAGGCGUCACCGGGACAAUAACAAAUCCCUUUGUACUCUUUUUACUUUCUCUGUUUUCCUUUCUCGUCCUAACUUGUCUGUCUCCCAGCUAUCCUCUAACUCGACCCAGUUACUCUCCCUCCGAGCUCAACGAUGACCUGAAACAUGGGGCUACGCUGACCUGUUUUUGAAAAAAAAAGAAAAAAAUACCUUUGAGAUCCACGCCGAACAUUCUUCGGAGAGAAGUGGUUUAGUACAAACUAUAAAUAGGGACGACAUCACUGAAAAUGUCGUAUCAAAAUCAGACGAGUCAAGGAAGACGUCCGUGUUGUUGACUUGAGCCUUUUUUGUCUGUUGAACACACAUUAUUUUUUACAGUGUUUAUUUCUUGACUCUGCUGCUUUUGGUUUGCUCUUUGGAAGACAUUGUACUUGACUUAAAGCGACUUAUUCUGAAACAGAUUUAAUUGAUUUUCUUUGAAUCAGAGGCAGUUGUAAUUGAAUUAUUUGAUUGUUAGCGUUGUAUCUUCUUGUCAGUGUGAGACAGUUACUUUAGAUCAGAUGCUUAAACCCCCAGAGGAAAAUGGAAAACGCAUCUCAAUUCAGUUUCAUCACAUCACGUCACACAUCAGUCACUUUUCAGAAGUGUCGAACGAUCUCAAACAGCUCGCGUUGUGUCAGACAUCCAUCCCCGUCUUUUUCAAGGGUUAAUCGGCAUCCUUUGAUGUCAGUUUGUCUCAACUCACCUCAGCAAUCCCACAUCUGCUUUGCCUUUUCUUCUAGUCUGUGUGUCGCUGUGAGAAUGUCUGCUGUGAAUUAAUGAAGGUGAUGCAGCAGGGCGAAGUUCCUCUCACUCAUCAACAGUUUUGCGUCUUCGGUCUGAUGAGGAGAAAUUAUUCCGUCAGCCGGAGAGAGACGGAGCACGUUAUCUAUCCAGCAGCGCCCUCAUAUGUCAAAGUCCAUGAGCAGAGUUUGGAUACACAAAGAAAUAUGUCAUUACAAAAACAACUCUUAAAUUUUAUAUUCAGCCUUUCAAAACCUUUUCUUAAAGGGGACAUAUCAUGAAAAACUCUCUUUUUCAGUGCUUGCGCUCAUACAUUUGGAUAUCUGGAGUACCUACCAACCCACAAACUGUGAAAUAAGACAACCCAGUCAGUUUUUGUGGGCUGCCUAGUUCAGAAAACUCGUAUGAACCUAAAAAGAGCAUGAUAUGUCCCCUCUAAAACAAAACUGAUUCUGCAAUCGGGGUGAGAUCUUUGCCUGCUUUUAGUGCAUUUUCAAUCGUGUUAAAAUUUUUCUAGGAAGCAGGACAGAAUCCCUGUAUUAGUAUAAAGAGUAAAAGUAAGAUUCUUGAAGAAAACAGCAGCAUUGGUGUUUUGUUAAAUGUGUGUGGAUAGAACCAGCUCUGUAAACCAGGAUGAGUUGGGGAACAGGCAUGAAAACUAGCAGAGACUAAUGUUGAUGGCUGUUGGAUCAUGAAUCAAAGCUGUGUACACGGGGUAUGAAAAUAUGAAUAUGAGGCACAUUGGGAUACGUUGAGCUCUCGUGUAUGUACAGUAUGUGUGUGUGUGUGUUUAUGAUUGAGGAUGUUGACAGUGGCUGAGGUCCCAGAGGACGAUGAUCGAGAGGGUCAGCAGAGAUUAAGGCUUCCCAUUUCUGGGGCAGACCGAGUCCCUCAGCUGCUCACACCUGUGCUCGCUGCUGCUGCCGCCGCGCGUCCUGCUUUAAAGAGGGGAUUGAGACGGAUAGAACAAGCGAUUUGCUCCCUUUCCCUUCCCUUUUACUGCCAGGUUAAAAUGGUGUUUUUUUAAAGCCAGCACUUGAGGUUGGAGCUUCUGGGAUUAUGUCCCAAACACUGACUCCAGCAUUUUUAUCCUUUAUGUUUCUCCCUCUUGUUCUGGCUUUCACUCUCACUUUUCAUUUAUCUUCCUCGCUCGUCAUUCUUUUCACCGUCACUGUCUUUUUACAAUAGAAACAUAUUGGAGGACCUAAAUUCAGUUUAACCAGCUCUGUUUUCCAGCAGCCUAUCUCAUAAAAAGAACACUAAAGCACGAAACAGGUUAUAAAAAGUCACCUGAGGUAGGAAAAUCCAUCCUGUGCACAUUAAUUCUCUGCCUUUGUUUGUCUCUUCUCACCUUGGCAAUGACAACACCUCCGCACGGAGGAGAAAAGUGAACCUACACCUCUGUAUCAGUUUAAUUAAUCUACUGCAUGCCUAAUUAACAAGUUGCAUUAUCUGCAGAACAGCAGAGCUGUGAUGACAAGGGAGGGGUUAGGUUGACGGACAGCCAGUGGAAGGUUUAGGGUGACGGACAGGAGACCCAGAGAACUGUGACAGCCGUCAAACCGCUGUCGUAUCUUAGAUGUCAGGCUGCAACGGGCCUCUUUUUUCUAUCUGUCUGGGAAAAUGGAUUGAGCACGGGUGGUUGAAUGAAAGGGCAGACAGAAGCCCCUCACACAGUAGUACAGAUCAGUCGAUGUCCAGAGACAGUGUAAUUACAGCUGUGUUCAGCUGUGUGACAGGAGUUGAAAACUUUC